AUGAGCGCCGACGAACUCUUGCAGCAGCUUGAAGAGCAGCGUGCCGCCUUCCUGGCCCUGGAGCAGCGCGUGCACGAUGCUCUCAAGCAAGAGAAGCAGGAUGCCGAGGGCAACGACGCUUGUCCAGGGACACCGAAUUUGGCCGCCAUUGGCAGGCAGUCGACCGUCUCCAUCGCCGAACCACUGCGCAAGGCUACGUCUGGCAUCGCCUCGUUGAUGCAGACGGGCUCGGCGCUCUCCGUGGAUAGCGAUGAUGAAGAUGAUGAAUCUUACUAUGUCCAAACGCCGUUGCCGAAAAGGACCCUUGCCGAAGAUAAACUACGCGAGUACCUCAGAACCUAUGAUUGGUCUCCGGCAGGUCAAAAGAUACUCGAAAACAUCAUACACAACGGCCGGUUGAAACACCCUGUGCUGUUUCACAAGCCGAGCCGGGCAAACGACAAAGCCCACUACGCACAUUAUGAAGUCUUUGAUGUGAGCACGGACGGCAGUCCGCUGAGCAUCACCGGUGAUGAUGAAGAAUCCAUCUCGAAAUCAGCCGGCUUUUGGAACGCGUUUAGGGAAGUAAACCAGGAUGAGGAAAAAAGUACCACCGUAGGUCGGAUCAUUGUGGCUCAGGAGCCCAGUCCGAUCAUAUUCGGCGCCCUACACUUCGCCAUGAACGAGCACUUUGACAUGGACGAGAUAUAUCGCCAUCUCGUUGAGUCUGAGAUCACCUCGGCCUUCCCUCACCGGGCUUUUGACGAAGACCCCCGGAGGCAACGUACAUUUACAUUCUGUUUCGAGUAUUUUACCAUUAUUGGUGACGAACGCAAGCCGAUGCCAUGGCAGAGUUCCGACAAGCAGGUCGGAGAGUCUCAGAGUCACAUUCCCCUUACGCGCUGCAGCUCCGUCGUGGCUCUUGCUCUGCUCGGCGACCCCAUAAAGAAGGUUCGCAACACGUCGAGGAGAACAAACGCAAAAACCAAACAUGGCCAAGUAUACGAUCCUUUUUCGCCAUGGAUUGUUCUCAACGUUCAGGCCUGUCCCGAUUGGGAAAGCAGUGCGGACGUGCACGACUCGUCGAAACACUACGUCAACGGACCCGAGGCGUUCCUUCAGACGGUGUUGAUGGAGUUUCGUGACGCGCGGCGACGCUACGAAGAGAUAUACAGGCGGAUCACCAAGCUGAUAACCCCGCCGCCGGACUUUAUUUUUGACGAGGAGCUCAGGGACAGGCGGCUUUUUGAAGAUUCGAAUUUCACUUUCACACGAGGAUACUUCUGGGCCCACCAGACGCUGGGGUCCAUUAACGACAGCAUCAAGGCAAUGAUUGACGCUUACGAAGACACGUUUACGGAAGAGGUUUGGGAGGGAAAACACAAGACCCUCUGGCCACUAAUGGAUGAGGAAAUGCCGCGCAACGACCACUUUAGACGAAAGGCGUACUUACUACGCAAGGAGCUGGAGCGCGAGAUGCGGAAGCUCCGGACGCAGAUUGAGGAGAACAACGCGCGGCGCGGGGAGAUUAGGGAUCUGCGUGACCAGCUUUUCAGCGGCACGUCGGUGCUGGAAAGCAGGAAGUCGGUUGAACUUGCAGAAAUCACGAUUCUGCAAGGGCACAACGUCAAGCUGCUGACGCUGGUCAACAUCUUCUUCCUGCCACUGACGUUUGUCACGUCCGUGUUUGGCAUGACCAACAUGCCGACGGAGCCGCAUUUCUGGCCGUUUGGCAUUACCAUGGUCUGCGUCUGCGUGCCCUUCCUCCUGCUGAUCGGCUCGCUGAACACGACGAAAGGCUACGAGUUUUGGAAAACAAGGUGCAAGGCGCUCUUCAAGACGAUUGGAUGGUUCAUACGGUUCAUGUCUGGCUUUCUCGGGCGGCGAAAGGACAGGAAAAAAGCGGCCAAGGAAGCAGAGGCAGCGGCAGCGGCAGCGGCCGAAAAGCACACGGAAACGACCGAGGACCCGGAAGAUACAGCAUACCGGGAGUUCCCCUUUGAGCGGACCAACACGGUGCUCAGCAACUUUGACGAGCUGGGGGACGUGUCGACGCCGGGCAUCGAGAUGGAGAAGGAGAGCAGCAGCGGGCAGGGAGACGGCGAAUCACAAAACGGAGCCCGGCCGAAGAAGGGGUGGUGGCACACUGGCCCGCUACGGGGGAUCCACCGCAGGAUGCAGGGGCAUAAUAGAUUGGACAGCCAGACGCGGGUGACGCAGGUUGUAUAG